UCUGAUUAAUGUAACGAUUAAGAAAUUGAAUGAUUAGUUUUUCUAUUAAUUAAGAAGUACAUGACACGUCUAUAAAUGAUAAUAAUAAUAUAUAAGAUUUGUCUAUUAUAUUUUUCCAAACACACAUUAAAGUUAAGAAUCAACCCUCUAAAAAAAGUUAAUUUUUUUCAUUUGAAGACAAUAAAAUAUCAUAAAUAACAUUGUUCAUAUCAUUUAAUAGCGACCACCAAACAAAUUAUAACAGAAACAAAAACUUAACAAAUGGAUGAUACUACAAAAGCCAGUCACAGUCACAGGUGUCCUAAACAACAUGCAAAAUGGCCCUAAUUCUUGAAGCCACCUACAUUACUUACACUCCAUCGACCUUAAUUAACAUGCAGUACCCACACGUGUACUCCUACACAAUCCCAAUUCCAAAAAAAAAACACUCUUUAAAACUCAUCCCUUCAGGUUUCACCAUUCCAGAGUUAAACAGAACCCAAAAAAUAAAAAAAUAAAAAAAUCAAUCCUAAAAUUCUAAAAAAAAACAUAGAAAAAUGGCGUCAACAGAAGGAAGAGAGCAGAAAACAGCAGGAGAAAAGAUGACAGUAAAAGAACAUAUAAUAGAAAAAGGAGCAGAAAUGAUGCAGUCCAUGAAACCAAUAAAGCAAUUUAGUCAACAUGUUUGUACCUUCGCACUUUACAGUCAUGACAUGAACCGUCAGAUUGAAACACACCAUUUUGUGCACCGUUUGAAUGAAGAUUUCUGUCAGUGUGCUGUUUAUGAUACUGAUAAUCGUGCUGGUCGUCUUAUUGGUGUUGAAUAUAUCAUUUCUGAUCGUCUUUUUGAGGCUUUACCUCCCGAUGAACAGAAACUUUGGCAUUCUCAUUACUUUGAGAUCAAGUCGGGGUUGUUUGUGAAUCCUAGGGUUCCGGAAGCAGUAGCGAAGCCAGAACUUGAUAAGUUCGCAAAAACAUAUGGCAAGUUUUGGUGCACUUGGCAAACUGAUCGAGGGGACUUAUUGCCGGUGGGGGAACCGGCACUAAUGAUGUCACCACAAGGAGAGGUAGAAGGAAUGGUGAAAGCACCUCUGUUACAGCAAAGGGAUCAAAAAUAUGGCAUUUCCAGCAUUAAACUCAGUGAUCUAAGGGUGGAUAUUACUGGCCCUACUUUUAUCAACCCAAAUGCAGAUUACUGGAAGAAACAUGGCAAGGGUUUUGCUAUUGAUGUUAUCACUUCUGAGAUGAAGAAAGUCACCCCUUUUCCAUAGACAACUAAUACAUACUUCCAUAUCAGUGGCAAAUUAAAGCCAGAUGAUCAUAGUUAUUUAAGAUAUCGAAAUUCAAGUUUUUCUAAUACUAGUAGUUGAUGAAAACUUCUUAAGCUGCUUUUGCUAAUUGCUACUACUAUCUUAUACAUCUUGUUUUCUUGUUUUCUUUUUUAAUAUAUAUAUGUAUUAAUAUUAUGUAUACAAUUAGUAUCAUAUUUGAAGAGUGUUUAUCAAUUUUUUAAUUUUAUUUUAUGUUUUUUGUGUAUGGUGUGGGAUAUAGGAAAUUAAGAAUGAGUCCCUUCUUAUCUCCUUUUCAAUAUUUUAUUUAAUUCUGGAUUGGUAAAAAAAUGUUAUGUGCCAUGCAGCAUGGUGGUGAUUAAGAAUCAGAGGAAAGGGACACUAAUUAACCAGAGUUAACUAUACAUAUUUGUAAUGCUGUGUUUUAACAUAUGUUGAAGCUCACUAUUACUUAAAUAAUUCUACCAUAAUCAAGGACUCGAUUUGCUUGAGUUGCUGGUCAAUAAAAAAUCAUGAAAAGUAAUUGAUGGAAGAAUUAAAGAUGGUGAUGGAAGUUAUUCUAGGUCGUUUAUAUGUCAGUUAGUUUACAAACUGCAAUUUCAAUGAGGUGAGAUAUUCUGAAUACUCAUUCUUACAUGUGAGCCAUCAAAGAACCACAUGUGGCUUGGAUAUCUUGUUAAAUUUGCCACUAAAUUUGUACACAAAAGGACCCGUACAAGAUGUUGUAACUUCACUAUGUUCAAGUCUUAUGAGUUUUAAUCUAAAAU